UGAUUCUGCCUUUCAACUGAAACUACAUCCUGGGAAAAAAAAGAAUAUUUGAGUAAAGGAAUAAUAAUUUGUAAUGGCAUCCAACCUCUCUUAACUCCAGAGCUAACAAUGAAUUUUUACUCUUGUAAAAAAAACCUUUACUUCUUGUUUAAAAAAAAAAAAAAACCCUUCUUGAUAGAGGUUUCAGGAGUAGUGAAAUGAUCAAAGGUAAAUGCAGUAGAUGGGAGGGAAGAGAAAGUGAAAUUUAUGUGAUCGGAGUCUGAGUUAGGGGUUUAAGUGCUUUGAGUUAUGUCUGACGUUGUGGUAUAAUAGAUUAAGUUGCUAACUGCAAUGCCAGCAUCCCAUAUGGAGUUUUAUUUUUUUUCCUGCAUAGUUCUGCAACUUGUUUCUCUAAUGUGGAAAGCAGAUCAAGUAUCAUUUGAAAGAAGUAAAAAGCAAAAACAAAAAACAGCAAUGACUACUUUAGUAGGAGACUUUUAUAAGCUAAAUACAAAGACAAGAUCCUUUUGUUCUGUUCCAGUGAUGAAGCUCCCGUGGGUUUGCAGGUAGACAUGCUCUAGGUAGAACUAACUGGGUUACUAUUUACCUGUCUUUCUUUCUUCUCUCAGGAAUGCUCCUUGUGAGAGCAAAUCUGUCCUGUGUCUUUAGCCCUUGAGCCCUCUUAUUACAGGAAGGAUUAAGGAAAGAAGAGCUUAGCACUACCCCUUUCCCGUUAUCCCAACCUUAACUUUCUCCCUCUGAAUUCUCAGCCUUUCUGCUUCGUUUAAUGGGUUGUUGCUAUUGGCACCAUACUCUGCUAAAUCUUGGUAUCUUUUUUUUUCUCCCAGGCUUCUUUUUCAUAGAUGUAAUGAGUUUUUGAUACUUUGGAAGCAAAGCAUCAUUUAGAAAUCAUCUGCAAAUUCCAGCAAAAUGACGAUGUUGCCUUGAUCAGGAAGAGAAGUGACUGACUUGGUGUUUAAAGCACAUGCACUGGACCUGUUUUAUUUCGCCUCCCUGAAUUUGAGGAACCAUGGAGAAGCGAUACUUGAUGGCAGUAGCGGUCUUAAUAGGACUGACAGUCCGAUGGACAGUCUCCCUUAAUUCUUACUCAGGUGCUGGAAAGCCCCCAAUGUUUGGUGAUUAUGAAGCUCAGAGACACUGGCAAGAAAUUACUUUUAAUUUGCCGAUCAAACAAUGGUAUUUUAACAGCAGUGAUAACAAUUUACAGUAUUGGGGAUUGGAUUACCCCCCUCUUACUGCCUAUCAUAGUCUCCUAUGUGCAUAUGUAGCAGAGUUCAUCAAUCCAGACUGGGUUGCACUCCAUAAAUCACGUGGAUAUGAGAGUCCAGCACAUAAGCUGUUUAUGCGUGCAACAGUUUUAAUUGCUGAUUUGCUGAUUUACAUACCUGCAGUGGUGCUGUACUGUUGCUGUUUAAAAGAAAUCUCAUCCAAGAAAAAGAUUGCUAAUGUGUUAUGCAUCUUGCUGUAUCCAGGCCUUAUUCUUAUUGACCAUGGACAUUUUCAGUAUAAUUCUGUGAGUCUUGGCUUUGCUUUGUGGGGUGUUCUCGGAGUGUGUCAUGACUGGGACCUGUUAGGGUCACUGGCAUUUUGCUUAGCUUUAAAUUAUAAGCAGAUGGAGCUUUACCAUUCCUUGCCAUUUUUUUGCUUUCUACUUGGCAAGUGUUUUAAAAAAGGCCUCAAAGGAAAAGGGUUUGUGCUGCUUGUUAAGCUGGCAUGUACAGUCGCCGCUGCCUUCAUCUUCUGUUGGCUGCCAUUCUUCACAGACAAGGAGCAGACCCUGCAGGUUCUCAGGAGACUCUUCCCAGUGGAUCGGGGUCUGUUUGAGGAUAAAGUAGCCAAUGUUUGGUGCAGCCUCAGUGUUUUUCUGAAGAUUAAGGAUAUUUUACCACGUGACAUCCAGAUACUAAUCAGCUUUUGUUUUACAUUUCUGAGUCUGCUUCCUGCAUGUAUAAAAUUAAUGCUUCAGCCCUCUCUCAGAGGAUUCAAAUUUACCCUGGUUGGCUGUGCGCUAUCAUUCUUUCUGUUUUCUUUCCAAGUACAUGAGAAGUCAAUUCUCUUGGCAUCAUUACCUGUCUGCUUAGUCUUAAAUGAAAUUCCUUUUAUGGCAACUUGGUUUUUACUGGUGUCAACAUUUAGUAUGCUGCCUCUCCUGUUAAAGGAUGGCCUCCUCAUGCCCCUGGUGGUGACAGUCCUGGCCUUCUUCACAGUUUGUGCAACAUCCUUCUCAAUAUUUGAAAAUGUUGGUGAAGAAGAAUUGCAGCUGAAAUCUUUUUCCAUUUUUGUAAGGAGAUAUCUCCCAAGAUUUAAAUUUCUUCCCAGAAUUAUACAGUAUUUGUUUUUUCUCUCAGUAAUCACCAUGAUCCUUCUGACGCUGAUGACCGUCACGCUGGAUCCGCCUCAGAAAUUACCCGACUUAUUUUCUGUAUUGGUGUGUUUUGUGUCCUGCUUGAACUUUCUGUUCUUUUUGGUUUACUUCAACAUCAUAAUCAUGUGGGAUUCGAAAAAUGGAAGAAGUCAAAAGAAAGUAAACUAGCCGUACCCCCGAAUCUGAACCAGUGCUAAAACUUCUUGUCAACUUUUUUUGCCAUGAAUGGAAGCUAUUGAGAAUGAUGGAAUUAAGGGAAGGAAAUGAUGUGAAGUCAUUGAAGACAGAUGUGGGCUUUUACUUCUUAAUAUUGCCUGGCCACAAUACUUUGUAAUUUUAAUAAUAUUCAUCUCUAAUCAAGUGAAAAAAUAAGAGGAAAAUGUCUUUAAAAUCAGUGUUUAUUUAGGGAAUACAUCCUGUAAUAGUGUUUU